CUCUCUCUUGGAUCAGAGCUUGCCAUCACUGCUAAAGUGGACCAGCUGGUGCUGCUGUAAGGGAGGGGCAUCCUCCAGCAUUCCAUCAGUUUUUGGACCUCACAUAUCAAUUCACACGAAGAUGGCCUUGCUUGGGAAUCCUGCUUGUUCCAGUGUCUUCUAAUUAUGGGAAGAGGUUGUACCAGCAGGUCUGGGACAGGGGAUCCAGGCUAAUCAAGCCAUCCAGGAACCAGCUGAAGACUUGUCCAACCAUUGAAGAGCUCUAGCAGUUUCUGAGUCUAGGCCACUCGGCGGUAAGCAUGUUGCCACUUCUGCAACUUCUGCUAGGGUUCUUGGGGCCAGGUGGCUACUUGUUCCUUUCAGGGGAUUGUCAGGAGGUGGCCACUCUGACAGUGAAAUACCAAGUGACAGAGGAAGUGCCAUCUGGCACUGUGAUAGGGAAACUGUCCCAGGAACUGGGUUGGGAGGGGAGGCGUGGGCAUGUGGGGGCUGCCUUCCAGAUCUUGCAGCUGCCUCAGGCACUCCCCAUUCAGGUGGACUCUGAGGACGGCCUGCUCAGCACUGGGAGGCGGCUGGACCGGGAGCAGCUGUGCCGGCAGCGGGAUCCCUGCCUAGUAUCCUUUGAUGUGCUUGCUACAGGGGAUUUGGCUCUGAUUCAUGUGGAGAUUCAGGUAUUGGACAUCAAUGACCACCAGCCACAGUUUCCCAAAGGUGAGCAGGAACUAGAAAUUUCUGAAAGUGCCUCUCUGCACACAAGGAUCCCCCUGGACAGAGCUCUUGAUCCAGAUACUGGUCCUAACACCUUGCAUUCUUACACCCUGUCUCCCAGCGAGCACUUUACCCUGGAUGUCAUUGUGGGACCUGAUGAGACCAAACACUCAGAACUUGUGGUAAUGAAGCAGCUGGACCGCGAAGUCCAUUCAUCUUUUGAUCUGGUGCUGACUGCCUAUGACAAUGGGAAUCCCCCUAAGUCAGGCACCAGCUUGGUCAAGGUCAAUGUCCUGGAUUCCAAUGACAACAGUCCUGUGUUUGCUGAGAGUUCACUGGCGCUAGAAAUUCCAGAAGAUGCUGCCCCUGGCACUCUCCUCAUAAACCUGACUGCUACAGAUCCUGACCAAGGCCCCAAUGGGGAGGUGGAGUUCUUCCUUGGCAAACACAUGUCCCCAGAGGUGCUGAACACCUUCAGUGUUGAUGCCAAGACAGGACAGGUCAUUCUGCGCCAAGCCCUAGACUACGAAAAGAAUCCUGCUUAUGAGGUAGAUGUCCAGGCAAGGGACCUGGGGCCCAAUCCCAUUCCAGCCCACUGCAAAGUUCUUAUCAAAGUUCUGGAUGUCAAUGACAAUGCCCCAAGCAUCCACAUCACAUGGGCCUCCCAGCCAUCGCUGGUGUCAGAAGCUCUUCCCAAAGACAGCUUCAUUGCUCUUGUUGUGGCAGAUGACUUGGACUCAGGAAACAAUGGUCUGGUCUAUUGUUGGCUGAAGCAAGAACUGGGCCACUUUCGGCUGAAAAGGACCAAUGGCAACACAUACAUGCUGCUCACCAACAUCACACUGGACAGAGAGCAAUGGCCCCAAUACACUCUCACCGUGUUAGCCCAAGAUCAAGGACCCCAGCCCUUAUCAGCCAUGAAGCAGCUCAGCAUUCAGGUGAAUGACACCAACGACAAUGCUCCUGUGUUUGAGAAGAGUCGGUACGAAGUCUCCACUAGGGAAAACAACCCACUCUCUCUUCACCUCAUCACCAUCAAGGCUCAUGAUGCUGACUUGGGCAUUAAUGGAAAAGUCUCAUACCGUGUCCAGGACUCCCCAGUUUCUCACUUCAUAGCUAUUGACUCUGAAACAGGAGAAAUCACUGCUCAGAGGUCACUGGACUAUGAACAGAUGGCUGGCUUUGAGUUCCAUGUGAUAGCAGAGGACAGGGGGCAACCCCAGCUUGCAUCCAGCAUCUCUGUGUGGGUCAGCCUCUUGGAUGCCAAUGAUAAUGCUCCAGAGGUGAUACAGCCUGUGCUCAGUGAAGGUAAAGCCUCCCUUUCAGUGCUUGUAAAUGCCUCCACGGGCCACCUUCUGUUACCCAUUGAGACUCCCAGUGGCUUGGAUCCAGCGGGUGCUGGUAUGCCUGGUACAACACCAUUGGCUGCUCAAAGCUCCUGGUCUUUCCUUUUGGUGACCAUUGUGGCAAGAGAUGCAGACUCAGGGGCCAAUGGGGAGCUCCUCUAUCACAUUCAAAGGGGGAAUGAUGCCCGUCUCUUUGUGCUCAGCCCCUCUCUGGGGCAGUUAUUCAUCAACAUCACCAAUGCCAGUAGCCUCAUUGGAAGUCAGUGGGACCUGGAGAUAUUGGUGGAGGACCAGGGCAGCCCCCCUUUGCAGACUAAGGCUCUGUUGAGGGUCAUGUUUGUCACCAGUGUGGACCACCUAAGGGACUCUGCCCACAAGCCUGGGCUCCUGAGCACAUCUGUGUUGACGAUGAUCUGUCUGGCUAUACUGCUGGCUGUCUUUGGGUUGGGCCUGGCUCUAUUCAUGUCCAUCUGCCGGACAGAGAAGAAGGACAAUAGGGCCUACAACUGUCGUGAAGCUGAGUCCACCUACCGCCACCAACCCAAGAGGCCCCAGAAACACAUUCAGAAGACAGAUAUCCACUUAGUGCCUGUGCUCAGGGGCCAGGUGGAUGAGACUGAUGAAGUCAAGCCAUCUCUCAAGGAUACAGGCAAGGAGGCAAUGAUGGAGGCAGGCUGGGACCCCUGCCUGCAAGCCCCCUUCCACCUCACACCAACCCUGUACAGGACUCUGCGCAACCAAGGCAACCAGGGAACAGUGGCAGAGAGCCGGGAGGUGCUGCAGGACACUGUAAACCUCCUUUUCAAUCAUCCCAGGCAGAGGAAUGCCUCCCGGGAGAACCUGAGCCUUCCUGAGUCCCCUCCUACCCCAGGCCAGCCAUGUUUAAGGCCCCUGAAAGUGCCUGGCAGCCCCACAGUGGGGCUGGCUGGAGACCACAGCAAUGAGGAGAUCCCACAGAGCCCAACAGCAUCUUCUGCAACCCUGAGGCGGCAGCGGAAUCUCAAUGGAAAAGUGUCACCAGGGAGAGAAUCAGGCCCCCAUGAGAUUCUGAGGAGCCUGGUCCGACUAUCUGUGGCUGCCUUUGCGGAGCGGAACCCUAUAGAAGAGCUUGCUGUGGAUUCUCCUCCUGUCCAGCAAAUCUCCCAGCUGCUGUCCUUGCUUCAUCAGGGCCAAUUCCAGCCCAAACCAAAUCACCGGGGAAAUAAAUACUUGGCCAAGCCCGGAGGCGGCAGGGCUCCCAACCCAGACAUAGAUGGCCCAGGUGUCAGGCCUGGUGGCCAAGUGGAACCAGACCAGGAAGAAGGGCCCUUAGACCCUGAGGAGGACCUUUCUGUGAAGCGACUGCUAGAAGAAGAGCUCUCCAGCCUGCUGGACCCCCACACAGGCCUGGCCCUGGACAAGCUGAAUCCCCCUGACCCUGCAUGGAUGGCGAGGCUGUCUUUGCCCCUCACCACCAAUUACCGAGACAAUGUGUCUUCCCCGGAUGCUGCAGCUUCGGAGGAACCGAGGACCUUCAAGACGUUUGGCAAGACAGCAGGACCAAGACCAGAGCUGAGCCCGACAGGCACGCGCCUGGCCAGCACAUUCCUCUCGGAGAUGAGCUCUCUGUUGGAGAUGCUGCUGGAACAGCGCUCUGUGCCAAUGGAGGCUGCCUCCCAGGCGCUACGGCGGCUCUCAGUGUGUGGCAGGACCCUCAGUCUAGACCUGGCCACCAGCGGAGCCUCGGGUCCUGAAGCCCAGCACCGCCCAGGUAGAAAGCCUGGAGCUGGGGGCGGACAAGGUGGUGACAGGAAUCUAUGAACGUGCCUGGGAUGCCUCUGGAUCCAGGAAUCAGGUCCCCUGGGAGAUGUUAGGGCACCCAGGCCUUAAGGAUCCCAGGAAGUGAACUGGUCUCUAAGAUUGUGGAACUCACCGACCAGAGGUGGCACCCUAAUUUGAGGGUGACUGAUACUGUUCCCCACAGGAAAGGCAGAGCAACAGAACAGCAACUGACUAGAGCAGCCCCUUAAAAGGGACUCUGGGUUGAGAUUUUUGAGGGACGGGAGAGCUUAUUUGUGGCCGAGGUGUUUGCUGGCAAAUCACAUAUGGAGUAUAAAGAGUUGGUCAUCCGGCAGAACAGAUGCCACCAAGUAUAUAGUAUUGUAAGUAGGAAGGUGGCCUUGCUGGAUGCUGGAGGCAGAGGGCUGGCUCCUAGGGGAGCCAGACAAUGCUCUCUGACCUAAUAAAGGACAAGCUAUGGCUGAUUCUCAUGUUUGUACCUGCUACAAGGGUGAGUACCAGAGUGAUGGCUGUUUGUCAUUCCAGUCCCUGAUGAGAAACUCUUGCUGGGCUUGGGCAGGAGGAGGUCACGCUUAUUCACAGUGACAGGUACACAGAUGAUAGACAUAUGUGUCCUUGACACUAUCUGCUAUGUUAUCAAAUAAUUUGCUUCUCAGAUGAAAAAUUAGAACUGAGGAAAGCAGGACUGUAGAGUAUUUAUAUGAGCCAGGCACUAGACUUUUACAAUAAGAUUUAAUUUGACACCCCCCCCCCACUGCCCCACUCCCAUUGGGGAAGUAUUUUUCUACCAGCAGAUUUGGGCCUGUGAACUCAGGCCCUAGAGUAUCGUAUAGCAGCUGAGACUAUGAAAUCCAUACUAACAGCAGCAGCCAGGCUUCCAGGGGCAGGGGUGAAGAAAUAGCAAAUAUUUUCCCAAGGCUCAUCUUUAUAAUGCUCCUGGAAAUUUCCAAGCAGUCACAGCUAGUUUAGAACAGCAUGGGGCUCUCCUGGACACUGGAGUUCCUCUAGCUAUUCCUUUUGUCCCCUUCUGGAGCUCAUGUAUUCAUGUCCAGCUGUGCUCCCAACUAGGGCUGAUGACAGUCACACCUACUUGGAAUGUAGAGCGACAUUAUUCCAUUUUACAGAUGAGGAAAAUGAGACCCACAAAAGUUGAGUAUUUUAGGGCAAGGUCUAGGCCUCUGAUCACCUCAUUCCAUCUCAGGGUGAUCUUACAAGACCUGUGAUUUUCAAGCUGGUUCACAGAGCUGUUGGGUUCUACAGGCCACUGAGAAAGGCCAGGAAAGCCAAGGAAACAGGGGCUCUAGCUUGUCCAGCCAGGUGCCUGACACAGAUGACACUUGAAUAAUUGUCAAGUGGAUGUAUGAAUGAAUA